GUAGUCGUCGUAAAACUUUCAAUAAUUAAUAUCGUUUCGGCGUACUCUUUUGUAAUUAUUGUUCAUUAAUUUAAUAAGAAAGAAAGAAAAAAACAAAGUUGUGUCCUGUCAAUGUUUAUUCCCUCAUUUCGUUCUAUUGUGUGAUUUUUCGUUCUCGCUCUUUAAAUUUUCUUCUUCAUUUCCCUGAGAAUGCCAAAUGGAUAAUUCGUGGAGUGAAUAAGGGUAGCAUGUGCAACAUUCAAGGGGAUUAGCCAUAAUUAGUGCAAUAUGUACGCAGACUGGCAAAUGGGCGAACUCGUCUGGUUCGAUCCAGGUGUUGGCCAUGUACUACCUGGUGAAGUUCUCGAAUACCACAGAGCGGCUAAUGUUCUCUCAGUUCAAGCAAUGAUCGCUGGCAAGCCUCAAACAUUUACUCUUACAAAUUUGAAUGGAGUGAGACCGAGACAAGAUCUUGGACAAAAUGGAGUCGAGGAUAUGAUUCAAUUAAAUGAUUUGAAUGAAGCAUCUCUGCUGUGGAAUCUGAAAAUCCGUUAUGAUAAGGAACUAAUUUAUACUUACACUGGUAGUAUACUUGUAGCGGUUAAUCCCUACAAAAUGUUUGACAUCUACGGUUUGGACCAGGUGAAAUUAUACGAGGGAAGAAUUCUUGGUACCCUGCCACCUCAUCUUUUUGCUGUGGGAUCCUCAGCCUACAGUCAAGUUUCUACAGCGAAUAAUGCAAUGGCUAAUCAAGUUGUGGUAAUAUCUGGUGAAUCUGGAUCUGGAAAAACGGAAUCAACAAAACUUGUAAUGCAAUACCUGGCUGCAGUGAAUCGAGCGCCAAGUAAUUUGGUUACUGAACAAAUUUUGGAAGCAGCCCCACUGCUUGAGAGUUUUGGUAAUGCUAAGACGCCUCGUAAUGACAAUAGCAGUCGUUUUGGAAAAUAUUUAGAAGUGAAUUUUCGAGAUGGUAUUAUUGUUGGAGGUCGCAUCACUCAAUAUUUGCUGGAAAAAAGUCGAAUUGUGACUCAAGCACAGGACGAGAGAAAUUAUCAUGUUUUUUACGAAUUACUUGCCGGUCUUGAUCAACAAUUAAGAGACAAAUACGGGCUUUUAACUCCAGACAAAUAUUUUUAUCUUAAUCAAGGGGGAAGCUGUGAAAUUGAUGGGAAAAAUGAUACUGACGACUUCAAAGCCCUUUUAUCAGCAAUGCAAGUUUUGGGUUUUACAUCUGAAGAGCAAGAUACAAUUUUUCGAAUUUUAUCCAGUGUAUUACACUUGGGGAAUGUAUAUUUUCAUAGAAAGCAAAUGAGACAUGGUCAAGAGGGUGUGGAAGUUGGUUCAGAUGUUGAAAUACGUUGGGCGGCCCAUUUGCUGCAAAUUAAUACAGACGGAAUAAUUCGUGCUCUUACAACGAAAACAACAGAAGCGAGAAAUGAAAAAUUAUUGACUGCUCUAAACAUUGAUCAAGCAUUGGAUGCAAGAGAUGCAUUUGCUAAAGCACUUUACAGUUCCCUUUUCUCCUGGCUUGUUGCACGUGUUAAUCACAUUGUUUACAAAGGAACUAAACAAACAUCAGCAAUAUCAAUUCUUGAUAUAUUUGGCUUUGAAAAUUUUACUGAAAACAGUUUUGAACAACUGUGUAUAAAUUAUGCCAAUGAAAAUUUGCAUUUUUAUUUCAAUAAACAUAUUUUCAAACUCGAACAGCACGAGUAUGUUAAGGAAAAAAUUGAUUGGACAACUAUCAAUUACACCGAUAAUUUGCCAGUUAUUCAUUUAAUAGCGAAAAAACCAGUUGGUAUACUUCAUCUUCUUGAUGAUGAGAGUAAUUUUCCAAAAGCAAGUGAUUUAUCAUUCUUAGAAAAAUGCCAUUAUAAUCAUGCAUUGAGUGAAUUAUAUUCACGUCCACGAAUGAAUUCCGCUGAAUUUGCUAUUAAACAUUAUGCUGGACAGGUGUGGUACAAUGUUGAUGGAUUUUUAGAUAAAAAUCGUGAUACAUUAAGACCGGAUGUUGUUGAGCUACUUAUCAAUAGUAAAAUUCAAAUGGUUAGCAAAAUGUUUCAACAUGUUAGAAAUUCCCAUGAAGCCAACAAGACGAUUAAUAAGCCCAAUGGUAGAUUUAUAACAAUGAAACCACGAACACCAACUGUAUCAGCACGUUUUCACGACAGUCUUCAGCAACUUUUAGAGUCAAUGUCACAAUGCAAUCCCUGGUUUGUUAGAUGCAUUAAGCCAAAUAAUGAUAAAGCACCAAUGAAAUAUGAUAUGCCAUGUGUAUUGGAACAAUUGAGAUAUACUGGAAUGUUGGAAACAAUUCGUAUUCGGAAAACAGGAUAUCCAGUACGUUUGAUAUUUGGACAAUUUGUUGAACGUUAUCGUUAUCUAAUGACAACUCGUUUACCUCGUGGUGCACCUAAUAAAGAAUUGUGUAGAAUUAUAUUGGAUAAAGCAGUACCGCAAAAUGCCCAUGAUCAAUAUCAAUUGGGCCUGACAAGGGUCUUUUUGAGGGAAUCGUUGGAGAGAAAUUUAGAAUACAAUCGAGCACUUAUUCUCGAACGUGCUGCCAUAACUGUUCAACGAUAUACAAGGGGUUUUCUUGCUAGACGGCGAUUUAUCAAUAUAUCAAAGAGUACUGUUCUACUUCAAGCAGUCUAUCGUGGUUAUCGCGAUAGAAAAAAAUAUAUUGGACUCAAAUGUGGCGUUAUUAUGGCACAAAAAUUGUGGCGUGGUAAAAAGCAGCGAAAAAAUUUUAUACUUCUAAAGGAAAAAAUGGCUAAAAGAGUGGAAAUUGAAAGGGCCAGUAGAGAAAGAGCCAAGGCUAAACAACAAAGAGAAGAACAUGAAAAAGCAUCGAGAGCUGUGGCUGGAGUUAAUCAUCUUGAAAUACCAGCAGAAUUGGCAUUUAUUUACAGUAAACUUGAUGAUUGGCAACCAAUUCAUACAGAGAGAAAUCUUUUAAAAGUAGUGGGUCCUGUUGUAUCAUCAUCGUCAUCAUCAUCAUCAUCAUUUAAUUAUAAACUUCCAUCCGAUAUUGAUCAGUAUCAAUUUUCAAAAUUCACCAAUAUUUAUUUUAAAAGUCAUAUUUUUGGCAUGAAACGAGAACCAAUAAAAACACCAUUUUUAAAUAAAGCAAGGGAUCAAGAUUAUAGUGAUUCGCUCAUAAUAUUCAAGAUGAUUUUGAGAUUUAUGAAUGAAAAUAAUCUAACUGGAAAGAGAGAACAUGCACUUGGCGAUUAUAUUGUUAAUAAAGGAAUUGUUAAUGAAAAAUUGAGGGAUGAAAUAUUAUGUCAAUUAGCUAAUCAAACUUGGAAAAAUGAAAAUGAUAUUAAUAAAGAAAGAGGCUGGCUACUUAUUGCUAAUUGUCUCUCAGCAUUUCAGCCUAGUUCAACACUUUUUAAAUAUAUAUUGAAAUAUGUAUCGGACCAUGCAUACAAUGGCUAUAAGGCCUAUUGCCAGAGGAAAUUGCUCCAAAGUGAACGAACUAUGCUAAAAAUCAAGAACAACAAUCAAUUAUCAAUACAUCAAAAUAAUAUAUCAAGACAUUAUCCACCCUGUGUACUUGAAUGGAGAGCAAAUAAAAAUCGGGUCAAUAUGGCCCUCAAUGUUGGAUUUUACGACGGUGAAACAAUAACAUGUGCUAUUAAUUCGUGGACAACUUGUGAAGAAUUAGCAAAUUUAGCUGUUAAAAAUCAUGGAGUUGAAAAUGAUGGUUGGACAAUAGCACUUUGGAAUAAUGAAUUGGAUGGUUCAGAUGCUAUUGUAACUGAAACUAAUGGUUUUGAUUAUGUACUCGAUAUUAUAUCUGAAAUGGAAUUGGCACCGGCAUUUCCAGCAGUUAAACAUAUAUUUCUUGGACAGCGAAAGAAUAGUAUUAUUACAAGAACAAUACCUCGACGGGAACAAAAUACUCAAUCAUCAAUUAUUCGUGAAGGAUUUGUUGACAAGGAUAAUAUGGAUAUACCAUCACGUAUACCAUCAUUGAAAACAUUUCAGCCUCUUGAUAAUAGAUUGUCAUUGAAUAUUUCUAAUCAAAAACAAUUAGAAGUGGAAAAUUUAGGGCCAAAACGUCCAGCUGUACCACCACCACAGCCACCGUCAGCCAAUAAAUCCCAACCAAUGACAAGAAAACAGUCUCAUGAACCAAUAUUAGAGAGCUCCGGUGAAAUAGGACUUUCUCGUCAAUCUGCUUUAAAUGAUCGUUAUUUUGAUAAAGAGAAACAACGAAGUAGAAGCUUGGACAAUUUACUUCAAUCUGAAAUUGUAGUGCCAAAUAAUACAAAUAAUAAACUCACUAAUCUUGGUCUCUCUUCAUCAAAAUUGAAUGAACGUUAUCACAGUCUUGAGAGAAUUGGGGAAAGCUCCGGCGUAUCCACCAGUGAGUAUAUAAUAAAUGAUAGAAAUUGUGAUGAUACAUCUCAAGAGCAACGAAAAUACAGCAGAAUAGCUAGAAGUACAGAGCCAAAUAUUGUUGAAGAAGAAGAUGAUGAUGAUGAUGAUGAUGAUGAUGAUGAUGAUGAUGAUGUUACAAUUGAUUUUCAAUAUCCUGAUAUUCAAUCAGUCAGUCAAAAUGCAAGAUCUGAAGAUGAUAAAAGUAGCUAUACGAGAUGCCAAACUCGCUUUAUUAAAUCACAAUAUCCAGGGAAAAGGGCCUUUCCUGGAAGUCAAUCUAGUCGUGCUUAUAUUGAAAAAAGUAGCGAGUACGGAGUUAAAUCAUCAGCCAUGUCAGAUACAAGUGAAGCACCUUCAUUGGCGUCUCAUGUAAGACGUGUAAGAGUACCGAGUCAAGCAUCAGAUGUCGAUCAAUUUCUUGAUGAACUUUUUAUGCCUGUCCUCGAUGGAAAUCUUGAUGAAUUGUCUGAUGCAAGAAGUCUUGCAGCAAGUAUAAAGGGCACAGAUAAUUUAGACCAAUUUGUGGAUUAUUAUCAAUUACAAUCAAAUACUAGAUUGACUCCUUUGAAUUUAUCCUCUUUAAUUAAAGGAGGUGGAAAUAUGGAUAUACCUAAUCAAAAUAGUACUUUCAAUUAUAGCCCAUUGUCACCAGGUAUUAUGUCAUUGUCAGGUGUGCCAGGUAUGAUGCCAAUAUUUUCACCAUCCCCAACUCAUCAGCAAAUUUCAACAAGUCAAAAUCCAAAUUUAAAUAUGGGCUCUGGUUUUUUGCCCAUUCCAAUAUAUAAUAUGCAGGGAUUGAGUCUACCACAAUAUCCAAAUUCACCACCAAACAGCCAAAAUACUGAUAUAGUUGCUUAUCAACAAAAUCUUCAACGUGCUUUUCUUCAAAGUGCCAUGGCACAAAAUCUGCAAAUUCAACAACAACUUUUAGCACAAAAUCAAGCAUUUCAACAACUUCUUGUGCAAAAUGGCACCCAAUCAUUAACUAUGAUUGAAGCUGAAUCUGUUAAGCAUCAAAAUACAACGAAUCCAAUUUCCAAUCAUCAAUUGGAAACUGUUACAGUUAAAGCCCAAAUUCAUCGUUCCCAGAGCCCACCAAAAAAAAAUGUCGAUUUAACACGAAAAACAAGUGUAGAAUAUGCAGUGAGAAAGAUAAGUGUUGAGAGAAAUAUUUCAUCCACACCAGAAUUGAAAAGAACAAGCUCAGGCCGUUCUGCACAUGUGCAAAAUAAUUUUACAAAUGUUUUGAGUGAAUUAAAAAAUCGAAAAAGUAGUAGUGUUAUUACUGAUAAUAAUAAUCAAACUGUCAUAAAUGGAAGAGGAGUUGUUUCAACAUCAACAUCAACAUCGACACCAACACCACCACCACCACCGCCUCCAAUGCCUCCACCCCUUGAUGCACAUGAUCCAUCUGAAUCACGGCCAUUUCUAGAUCCGUAUGGACGGGCUAAAACAGUUAGAAUUGGUAAAUGGAGAUGGCCACCACCUAGUGAUCAAAAUGACAAUCAAAGUCAGGAUAGUUUUACUGAAUUUAAAAUGAGACAGCAUCAACAAAUGAGAAAAAUAACUCCUCAACAAUAUCAAGAGUAUAAUAAUCAGGGAAAUGCAGAUGAAAUUGAGGGGGGCUCUAUUGACUGGGAAGAAUUUGAUAUUGACAAUAACAUGAUUGAUAAUAAUAAUAAAUCAAUGAAAAUAGAUGAAUCUGAGAGAAAAAAGAAAAAAUCAAAAUGUGGAUUGGAAGUGGGAGCACAUAGGCCCUCACCAGGAAGCAUUGGUAAAUUGAAACUGAGUUCGGAGAUGAGACAGCGAUUGGAAAAGGUAACUGCCAAUCAUAGUGUUAGAUCAACAAAGACUAGUGAAAAGCCAGCAUUACCAAGGGAGGAAAUUAAAAUUAAUAGACUUGAGGAUAAUCGAAAGCUAUUACUUCAGCAACAAUUGAGUGGAAGAUGGGAUGAUUAUGCAACAUCAUCAACAGCAGAUGAUGCGCAGAGUAUCACUUCCAAAGGUACAACUGAAAUGUUGACUCAAGCUCAAGUAGUUCGUACACAAAUUGAGCGAAUGGAAUGUCGCCCAAUACCGCCACCACCUCCAAUAUCACCUCCACAAACUCAAAGCCCUCAAGGUGCAAGUAUAUAUUGUAAUAGUAAUAAUAAUAAUAGUAAUAAUAAUAAUAAUAAUAAUAAUAAUAAUAAUCAAUCAGCUGAACUAAAAUCACAAUUACUGCCAACUCCCAUUGAAUCGAAAAUCAAUCAUGACAGCUUUCAUACUACACAAGAUACAGAAUCUCAUAUAUCUCAUUUCAACAAUCAAAACAUGUUUAGUCAGAGUAGAGAUAUAUUUGCUCUACAGCACAAAUGUCAAAUGCCUUAUGGUAAAGAUACAGACUUGGCAGCAACAACAAACCAAGAUAGAAAUUGCCAUUUCGACUUAUAUCGAGACUUGAAUUGUGAUAUUUUUGACAAAUACUCGCGAGACAUGUUCGACAAUACGAAAAGAGGAGAUCUAGAUUCCUUCACAACCUGUAGAGAUUUAUCACCAAAAUCUCGCGACAGCUUUGGUUUGCCGUCUACCCGGGAGUUUGGCGUUGUAUCAAAUACAAGAGAAUCUUUUGUUAUUGCUAGACAAAGCUUUAAAAAAAUUGAUACAGACAGAAGAUCUAGCAUAGCAUCGACUCAACGCACUGAUAAAUUGGAGAGAAUCGAAAUUGAGGAGUGGCCAGAAUUUUUAAAACCAGUUCUACCACCUCCUGAUAAACCAGAAAUAGAAAAAGUUCAAGAAGUUGUUGAUACCAAACUCCAUCCAUGGACAUCAAAUACCCACUUUACUUAUAAUAGAGUUUCAUGGACACUGAGAGUAAAGAAAGAAGUGUUUGCACCUAAUGAAAUUCUAUCAAGCCCUUUAGCUCUUCAUUUAGUAUUUUGCCAAAUCGCUUAUGAUGUUUUGGCAACAAGUUGUAUCAAAAUUGCCAAGGACGAACGUCAGAAUAUGCUUAAACUUCUUCAUAACUAUGGAGUUACCUUGGAGAAUCUUCAAAGUACUCAUCACAAAAUUACCAUUAAGAAAAAUGUCGUCGAUAUGGCUAAGCAAUGGUCCUUAUAUUUUUCUCGAAUUUUUCCUGUUUCUAUUGGACCUCAACACCCAGAGGCGGAGCACGUGGCAUUAUCCCAUAGUGGUUUAAGAUUGUUGAAAAGAAAUGCAUCCGGAGAAUUGGUGAUUAUAGAAACACUUGUUUUGGAAGAUAUUGUGUCAGUUGGAUUCUCGAAACCUGGCUUAUGUACACUAACUAUUUCCUCCGGUGUUCGCUUACCAUUACACACCAAUCGUGCUUCUCAACUUGCUGAAAUGAUUGGCAAUUACAUUCGUGUGAUUGAGCAAAAAGCCCACAUGAAGAUUCAGCAUGAUAAUCAUGUAUCUCAAAUAUCAAAGUCAAUCCAAUCGCAAACAAAUCACAUCAACUCUCACCAGAAUCAUAACAAUCAGAGUCGCAAUCAAUUGAAUCACACAAAUUGUGACAGCAAUCAUUCACCGGGAAAUCGUAUGGCUAGUCAUUCAGUUGGUAUCAUCCAGGCAAAUGGUAAACAUGGAAAUCCUAAUGGCCAGUGUGCAGAAUGGCGACAACCAGAGGAAAUUAAUAAAUCCAAUGAGGAGAGCAUCUACGAGUCUGGGCCAGUGAUCAACGAUGGCAAACAUUCACUUCUACAGUUUGCCAUAUUAAAUUUCCGCCAGAGUACAGAGAAAUUUGAAAUGAUGAAAACAGCUGAUGGAUCGAUAAGUGGUUCACUCAAGGUGAUUGAAUCAUUGAAGAAUAAGAAGAAAAGUAAGAAGACAAAGGGUCAACAUGAUGGUACCGAGUGGACAUGGAAAGAACAAGUUGAUCUUGUAAAAUUCUCACAAGUGCCAAUAGAGCAGAGCCUGCUUCGUCUUGAAGGCGAAAUGAGUUCUCUCGCGGUUGAAUGUUUCUCGUGUCUUAUGAGGUAUAUGGCUGAUCAACCAUUGCCUCCAGAUAUGAGUGAAGUUAAGUGCGUUUAUACAAUACUGAUGCACUGCCACAGAUACGAACCACUUCGAGACGAAGUUUAUUGUCAACUUAUGAAACAAACAACAAACAAUAAGAGCUCCAAUCCAGACAGUUGUCAAAGGGGCUGGAGACUUUUCAGUAUCGUUGCUGCAUAUUUCACUUGCAGUGAAAACUUGAGACCAUAUCUUAUUAAAUAUCUCGAGACAGCCGCCUAUGACAAAAGGCGCGCAUAUCAUGGUACAGCGACUGUUUGUCUGCAAAAUUUGAGAAAAACAGUGAAAUACGGUGGUAGGAAAAAUGUUCCUAGUGUUGAAGAAAUUAUGGCGAUAAGUGCUGGUAGAAAUGCCAAGAGGCAGAUCUAUAGAUUACCAGGCGGUACAGAAAGAGUAAUUAAUACUAAAUGCACUACAGUUGUUCAAGAUGUUAUCGAAGAAAUGUGCAAUAUUAUAUCCGUAAGGAAUCCACAUGAAAUGGAUGAAUUUUCAUUAUAUUGCAUUGUUGAUGGUGAUGCUUUUACCAUGCCACUUGCCAGAGACGAGUAUGUUCUCGAUGUGACAACAGAACUCCAUAAGAAUCAUCAAGUAUUUUAUUUAAUAUUCUGCAGAUCCGUAUGGUACUAUCCACUCAGAUUGGACGCGGCACUAUACAUAGAAGUGGUUUUCAAUCAAAUUGCCCCUGAUUAUUUAGAAGGAUUGUUGUUAGUAAUUCCUGGUGAACAUUUAUCGCAACAAGUUAUUUAUGAUAUGGCACAAAUAGCUGCACUCCUGCAUAGAGCAGCCGAUAUGCCCCAUGAGCCAUCAACGAAAGAAAUUAAAUAUCUUCUUCCAAAACCCGCGUUAAGCUUGCGCGAGCCUCGUCCACAGCAGUGGGGCAAUAUGGUACAACAAGCAUGGAAUAAUAUACAGGACAAUACUCCAGCCAUAUGCAAAGCACAAGUGCUAGAAAUACUAUCCAAGUGGCCUUUAUUUGGUUCAAGUUUCUUCGCUGUGAAACGAGUGCCUGAAAGUGGCAAAGAAAAAGUCGGGGAUCAUAUUCUGGCUCUUAAUCGUCAUGGAGUCCAUUUCAUUGAUUUAAUUACUCAUGAGACUUUGUAUCAUUAUCCAUACUCUGAAGUCAUAUCCACUCGUAAAGUUAAAUCCGAGGAGGGAGCUCUGUAUUUAGACAUGAAAUGUGGCAAUUUGAUGCAACAACGUAUCACAAGACUCCAAACCGAGCAAGCUCAUGAAAUUUCUCGACUAAUUCGGCAGUAUAUUACCAUGGAGCAGAGAACAACAAAUAAUCAAGCGAGCAGCACGGCAUAUGGGCUAAGAUGAGCAAUAAUUCAAUUGUGAAACUUCUUUUUCCAUGAGUUGAAAUUAAUAUAAUUUUUUCAUCUUUUUUUUCUCUCUUUUUCUGUAAAAUUUAA